UUCAUAUUCAGUUUUAUUUGUUAGGAUAUUUACAAAUUGUUUACAGUCUACAAAAAAUGGGAUAAUAAAAUGGCUGGGCCAGUCAUUGAUACUGGCUCACUCGAGUGACUUGACUUUUAAUUUUAAAUUGUAAAUUAAUUUGGCUUAGUUAACUUAGUUAAGUUUAGAGUUGAGGGCCAAGGGUGACCAACGGCCCGUUGAAUUGUCCCGUUUUUUCACGAUCGUACCCGGUAUCCCGAAAAAGUCUCUCGGGACGCCUAAAUGUCCCGUUUCUAAAAUCAAACACAUUUUCAAAUCACUAAAACUUCCUAAUUUAUUAUAUAACUUCAAGUAAUAUUUUGGCUAGCUGUACUCAACUGUACUCACUGUGUAGUGUGCAGCCAGUGCCAGAUGAGGGCUUGCGUGAUGGCUGCAUUUAAUUUGAUGUGUUGUAAUAGUAAUAUGUUGUAAAAUAUGUAUAAAUAAAUAAGUAUUCACUGCAAAAUGCUUGUUUUCGUUUAUGAUAUGCCUCAGAGUUUAAAUUAAAAUCACAAAAGUGGAGGUAAAUUUAAAUAGAUUUCUAUUCUAGGUAUCAAAAUAUUUAAUUUGAGCAUAUUUCAAUAAACAGUUUCCGGCGGAGGCCCCCCCCCCCCCCCCCCUUUUGGACCCAUCUUUAGCUGGAGGGUAUCUCCCCAAAACCCUCCUUGAGUCCCGUUUUUUCAAGUUUAUGAUUUGGUCACCCUAGCUUAGUUAGACUUUUUGAGUCAUGCUUUGCAGCUUAGUAGUCAAGUGAUCGUUGUAGAAUCACUAGACUAGGUUUGCCAGAUGUUAUCCAAAAGUAGGACACAUUCUAUAUUGUUUGUAUUUCAAGCCAACUUGGAAUCUGUGCAGCAAGAAUAGAACUCAAUGACUCAAUGCUGGAAAUUGUGAAUCUCUUAGAAUCAUAUUUCCGGUUGCUGUGAAACAGAAUUGAAGAUGGAUAGCCUACAUUUCUUAAAUCGAUAUCAUAUACCGAUAGAUUGGCCCAGCUGUCUCAAGUGGGUUAAAAUUUUCUCCUUUCAAAAUAAGAUAUUCUCCUCUUCUGACCUUUUCAAUAGGAAAUGUCCUCCUUUUUCAUUUUUUUCAUCAUUCUCUUAAUGAAGGACUCUCCCGCCACCCUGGCCUCCCCGUCAAGCUGGGGUCAAGAAUUCAGCAGGUGCACUACUGUCUUUUGGGCCAGGUUGCAAUGUAGACAAGACAGGUUCCUGUUUUUGUCUAGCUUUUUAAUCUUUAGUAGGGCAAUUGUUCAUCCACAUUUGCGUUACCAGACUCUGUCUGCCCACUCUCCAUACCACUUUGUUCUAAAUUGUGGUCUGCCAGCCAGUUUUUAAAACUGAGAUAAAUGAUGGGUGUUUCUGGUUGAGACUGGGUAGCCCCGGUUUUUGCCAUCAUGUCCACUCUUUCAUUGGCCUGCAUGUUUUAGAGAUUUAGAACCCAUUGCAGAUUCUCAAACUUCCUGUCUUUACACAAACACAUUGCUUUUGAUCAGCUUGUUUAGUUUUUGGGUGACCUUUUUUUUUUACAUUCCCCCUCCACUUUAAGUUUCAAGGGCCUCAAGAAUCAAGAAAGCCUCUUAGGUUGGAGCUUCUGUUUUUUAUCCCCACUAUUUCUAGGAACUUACAAAUGACAGAUACGGAUUAGCAGAAAUUGACAUUGGCUUGUAAUCAUUAGACAAUUCGCCAUCUCUUAACUUAUACUCACACCUUUUACUGCAAAACAUUUGUAAGCUUUAGUGGGUCUAUGGUCACUCUAUGCUGUGUUUUGAAACUUUUAAUGUAUAAAACAUCUAUCUAAAUCUGUUCUUCAAUGCAUAAUUCAAGUCCAGGAGGAAGGAUUAUAAAUUGUAAUAAAUUUAAGGGACUGGCUGAAUAAACUAAGAAUUUUUUUUGUACCUUUUUUUUUAUAUAGAUGACCAAAACAGAAAAGUAGAUUGUUUGACAAGUUUCAAAUGGAUUGGGAAAAUAAGUUCUAUUCCAUUGUACAAGAAACAGAGGCUAACUUAUCAAAGGCAAAGGUAUCAAUGUUUAUUUAACAAAUGUUUACUUGCUUAAUAUGUCUGGUAACAAAAUCUUGAAAUUCCUGAAUACUGGGAUAAAAACCCUUAACUUUUAAAUGCCAUAAAUGUAUUACCAGCUCAAAUCUAUUGAUUUUAGAACUUUAAGGCUUUGAUAGCACCAGAUCUACUUAUGUAAUAGUGUGUAUUUUUGUAGUGUAUUUGAGAUUUACCAGAUUCCAAACCUUAUAUUAUUAAUUAUCCUUCUACCAUUUACUUUGUAAAAUGAAGUCAAUACAUAAUUUUUUUUAAAUAGUAGUAGGCUUUACAGUAUAAGUUCUCAUAAACUGUAAAAUGGCUAAAAUUCAAAUGCAUUAUAUCCAAACAGUAUAAAUGUUAUUUAAUUUGCUUGGCAAUUGAAAUUAGUAUUAGUUAAAUGCAGUGGCAUAGCAAGCUAGGGUUGGUGUCACCAGGUGCGGUAAACUCAUGGUGUCACCCCCUCACCCCGACUUCCACGAUGGAUUUCUUCUUUUUAAAUAACUCCUUGAUAUAACAAUGACAAGAACAAAAACAAAUCAAUUGAGGGUCUGGAGGUAAAUGUAUGUAAGAACUGUAACAUGUCAUUAGAAUUGCCCGACCACAUCGUAUUUGGUAUCAAUGGAAAGCUUUCUUGGAAAUGAGAUAAAUAUAGCUUCCUGUCACUUACGAAAGUUAGGAAACACUUCAAUCGUCGUUGAAUCACAGUCAAAGCUGUUUUUUUUCUGACCUAAUUAUAGGGUCACCUAAUUUUUUACUCCUGUACCUUGAACUUUUGCUAAAGCAUGCAUUUGAAUUGCUUACAUGUGUGAAAAAUUUACAUAUUAUCGGUUAUCUUUUUUUGAAAAAUUUGGCUAGACAAAACAGUUUUUGCUCUGUAAAUAUGCAGUUUUUUAAUUUGGUGUCACCCCCUGAGAUAAUGUCACCCGAUGUGGUCCGCACCCCCCUAGAUACGCCACUGGUUAUAUGUAUUGUCUAACUAUUUUACUAAGACUAAUUAUUUUUAAUAAUGAAAAGUAUUAUUAUUUAUCUGAAUUAUAAUUUUACUUGAAAUUAUUGUAUUUAGAAUAUAUUAGUAAUUAGCUAAAUUAAUAUUGCGGGUGUAUUCUCUAUUAAACUCAAAAGUGUGGAUUAUGCAGUUUUUUUAUUUGGUGUCACCCCCUGAGAUGGUGUCACCCGAUGCGGUCCGCAGCCCCCUAGAUACGCCACUGGUUAUAUGUAUUGUCUAACUAUUUUACACAGACUAAUUUUUAAUCAUGAAAAGUAUUAUUAUUUAUCUGGAUUAUAAUUUUACUUGACAUUACUGUAUUUAGAAUAUUUAUUAUAUUAGUAAUUAGCUAAAUUAAUUUUGCGGGUGUAUUCUCAAUUAAACUCAAAAGUGUGGAUUAAUUCUACUUUCCAAAGCAUUGCCUUUGCAUUCAUCUUCUUAAAUGUCUGCAUGCAACCUUUGGACAAGGGGUCCGGUACUUCGGCUUUAAACUUAAAAUAAAAUUUUGCUUUGUGAUAAUAUUUCUUUAAAAUGACAACCAUGAAUUUAAAUGACAUAAAAUCAAUUUUAAAAUCAAUUAAAUGUAAUUAAUUUCAUAUAUUAUUAAAGAAGGAAUAAAUUGAAUGUAGUUUUUUGAUGAUAUUUUUCUGUCAGCCAUAUUUAUAUGUAGGCCACAUAACUAGUUUCACCUACCACACAUUUUCUCAGAAGAAAACAUAUUGUUCAGCAGAUUUUUAUAUUUUCCACAGGACAAGCUUACUGGCAUUAGUGGAAAAAGCUUCACUUUACCCAAUAGUAGUAUUGCUGCAUAUCCUUGGCUGUCGGCACCAUACUACAAACCCAGUGGCACUGUAUCAUCAGAUAGUUCGCUCUUGAAAUAUUACACCUUGACACCCCAAGCAGAGAUUACAGAAAUGAGUUUAACUCAAAUGCUUCACAUGAAAGAACAAAUAGACUCUCAGAAUAAGGUACCGUAGUUAUUGUGAAUGAGUAUGACAAUAGAAAUGUCAAGAUUUAACCUUAACCAUGAUAAGGGGCAAACAACGUAAACUGCACAAUGCUAGUUACCUUGAUCUUAAAUAUUUUCUGACUAUGUUACAACAGAAAACAUGCUAUAUUAUUUAUAUAUCUAGUUUUUUUAGGCCGUGGGAAGGCUGCUUGUUUGAUCUUUCAGGUUCUUCCAACUUGGAAUUUGUGGAGGUGUUUUCUUAAGGUGAUAAUGAAGGGGUUUCCUUAAGGUGAUGAUGGAGGGGUUUUCUUAAGAUGAUUAUGGAGGGGUUUUCUUAAGAUGAUUAUGGAGGGGUUUUCUUAAGAUGAUUAUGGAGGGGUUUUCUUAAGGUGAUUAUGGAGGGGUUUUCUUAAGGUGAUUAUGGAGGGGUUUUCUUAAGAUGAUUAUGGAGGGGUUUUCUUAAGAUGAUUAUGGAGGGGUUUUCUUAAGGUGAUUAUGGAGGGGUUUUCUUAAGAUGAUUAUGGAGGGGUUUUCUUAAGGUGAUGAUGGAGGGGUUUUCUUAAGAUGAUUAUGGAGGGGUUUUCUUAAGGUGAUUAUGGAGGGGUUUUCUUAAGGUGAUGAUGGAGGGGUUUUCUUAAGGUGAUUAUGGAGGGGUUUUCUUAAGAUGAUUAUGGAGGGGUUUUCUUAAGGUGAUUAUGGAGGGGUUUUCUUAAGGUGAUUAUAGAGGGGUUUUCUUAAGAUGAUUAUGGAGGGGUUUUUUAAGGUGAUGAUGGAGGGGUUUUCUUAAGAUGAUUAUGGAGGGGUUUUCUUAAGGUGAUUAUGGAGGGGUUUUCUUAAGAUGAUUAUGGAGGGGUUUUUUAAGGUGAUUAUGGAGGGGUUUUCUUAAGAUGAUUAUGGAAGGGUUUUUUAAGGUGAUGAUGGAGGGGUUUUCUUAAGAUGAUUAUGGAGGGGUUUUCUUAAGGUGAUUAUGGAGGGGUUUUCUUAAGAUGAUUAUGGAGGGGUUUUCUUGAGGUGAUUAUGGAGGGGUUUUCUUAAGGUGAUUAUGGAGGGGUUUUCUUAAGAUGAUUAUGGAGGGGUUUUCUUAAGAUGAUUAUGGAGGGGUUUUCUUAAGAUGAUUAUGGAGGGGUUUUCUUAAGUUGAUUAUGGAGGGGUUUUCUUAGGAUGAUUAUGGAGGGGUUUUCUUAAGGUGAUUAUGGAGGGGUUUUCUUAAGGUGAUUAUGGAGGGGUUUUCUUAAGAUGAUUAUGGAGGGGUUUUCUUAAGGUGAUUAUGGAGGGGUUUUCUUAAGAUGAUUAUGGAGGGGUUUUCUUAAGGUGAUUAUGGAGGGGUUUUCUUAAGAUGAUUAUGGAGGGGUUUUCUUAAGAUGAUUAUGGAGGGGUUUUCUUAAGGUGAUGAUGGAGGGGUUUUCUUAAGGUGAUGAUGGAUUCCAGAUUUCCCUAUACAUCCCUUGAAACCAGCCUCCGAUUCAUAAAUAAAUGUGUUUUUUAUUUAAUUAUUUUCUUAUGUGCAGCAAUAUUUUAAUAAUCAUUUUAAACUAAUUCAAUUAUCUGUUUUAUUAUAGAAUGUAUGAAUUAAACUAUUUUCUUUAAACUUGAAAUGUAGGCAUUGCCACUCAGUAUUAUGAUAAGGCAACCACAGAGAGUCUCCCUUAUUAUUUAAUGAUUUAAUAUGGAUUAGUGAUUGUGUAUUGACAGUUGAGAAAUCUUUACACUAGAAAAUGCAUUAGAAACACUAAUACUUUUAUUUCGAAUGGUGUGAUGAAUAAACCUUCUGAAUGAAUAUCUGAACUUGUUUUACUGUUGCAAAGUAUUUUUAUUGUUAAGGCUAUUUUUAAUAAGGAAGUAUUCAACAAACUAUGAACCAGUAAUCGUUGGAAUGGCAAUGUGUUUUAAGUUCAUAUAAUACUAUAAUUUACAGACUAUAGAGAAGCUACAAAAGUUAAUACGAUCCCUUGACAAUGAGAGAGAUUUUUACAAGCAACAAAUUGCUAAUUUAAAAGGUAAGGUGAUGAAAAUAAUUUCCAGGUCACACAAAAUUGCAAGCAAAUAUUGUUUAUCUGUUUUCAUUUGGAAGUGACACAUUUUUUAUAAAGCCUGACUUUUGGUGGACUUAUAUCAGUUAAGAAAGUUGAACAAUGUUUAGGUUGGAAGCUUUGUCUCAAACAAAGUAAUAAGCACCUUGACUACAGGAACUACAUCCUCAUGUUCCUUCAAUGAACCAGGUUUAUUAGAAUCAUUUUAAAAAGGCUGCAGCAAAAGUUUUUAAACUUAUAAUAUAAUCCAUCUAAUCUAAUAUAAAUAAUUUGCCUCUCACUAAUACAGGCAAUACUUUUUGUAUUGCAUGAAUGCUUUGUAAAAGACAUUUAGUAUAUUUUAUUUAAGUUAGUCACUGGAUAAAACAGGUCCCCGUUUGAUUGGAGUAGAUUCCCCGUUUCCUUGCUGUGCACUAGCCUGUAGUAAAUGUCUUAUUUGAAAGUGUAACUGUAACUGGAAGUACAUCAUUGAAAAAUCUAUCUUGUUUUCUCUAAGACAAAGUAGAUUCACUGACUGAUAAGAUGAACACAUCCCUCACAUUAACAAAUAGUGAAUGGAAAAUGUCCAGCAUGAAAAGGGAUGUGAUGCGAGAGAUUGAAAAAGUCAAAUAUAUGCUACAAGACUGCACUAGAGAUUCAGCCUCAUCAGCUUAUGAUAAGGACUUGUGGAAAGCGUAAUUUUUUUUCCUUUUAUUUUACUUAUGUAUAUUAAUUAUUAAACAAGCCCAGCAAGGCUGGUUCAGUACUUAACAGAAAAACUUAAAAUUCAGAAGCAAACUAAAAAAUAUAACUUGGCAAAGUACACUGACAAAUCAAACUUCUCAUUAAAUGUUAAUCCUUCAUUUAGAGAUUGUUGUGGACUAGUAAUUUAAAAAGGAUAUGAACUGUGGCCUCCUAUACUUAUGUAACUUUUCAGUAGUUAGUAUUUGAAAGUAUUUCUCAUAAUAAUAGUGUUCAAAUUAUAUUUCAUUUAGGAAGGAGAAUAUGACAGACAGUCUUGGCCAAAUAAGACAAGAACUAAGUGCAAUGAAUAAGAAAAUAGGUAAUAAACUUUAUUUAAAAAACUUUUCAUGAUGCCAUCUAAUCUCUAACCCCUGCAACCUUUCACAUGGCAUCUAAUCUCUAACCCCAGCUACCCUACACAUGCCAUCUAAUCUCUACGCCCCUCUACCCUUUCACAUGGCAUCUAAUCUCUACCCCAUCUACCCUUUACACCAAUGACAUUUUCACACUUAUUUUUCUCGAAAUUUUUUGGUUCAGCUUUAAAGAAAAGCAAAUUAUAGUUGACUCAGUUAUACUUGACACAGUUAUAGUUGACUUAGUUAUAGUUGACUUAGUUAUAGUUGACACAGUUAUAGUUGACACAGUUAUAGUUGACUCAGUUAUAAUUGACUCAUUAUAGUUGACUCAUUAUAGUUGACUCAGUUACAGUUAACACAGUUAUAGUUGACUCAAUUGUAGUUGACUCAGUUAUUGUUGACUUAUUAUAGUUGACUCAGUUACAGCUGACACAGUUAUAGUUGACUCAAUUGUAGUUAACUCAUUAUAGUUGACUCAGUUAUAGUUGACUCAUUAUAGUUGACUCAGUUACAGUUGUCUCAGUUACAGUUGACACAGUUAUAGUUGACUCAAUUGUAGUUCACUCAGUUGUAGUUGACUCAGUUAUAUUUGACUAAUUAUAGUUGACUCAGUUACAGUUGACACAGUUAUAAUUGACACAGUUAUAGUUGACUCAAUUGUAGUUGACUCAGUUGUAGUUGACUUGCUUGUAGUUGACUAAGUUAUAGUUGACUCAUUAUAGUUGACUCAGUAUACAGUUGACACAGUUAUAGUUGACUCAGUUGUAGUUGACUCAGUUGUAGUUGACUCAGUUACAGUUGACACAGUUAUAGUUGACACAGUUAUAGUUGACUCAGUUACAGUUGACACAGUUAUAGUUGACACAGUUAUAGUUGACACAGUUAUAGUUGACACAGUUAUAGUUGACUCAUUAUAGUUGAUUCAGUUACAGUUGACACAGUUAUAGUUGACACAGUUAUAGUUGACUCAAUUGUAGUUGACUCAGUUGUAGUUGACUCAAUUGUAGUUGACUCGGUUAAUUUUAACUCAGUUAUAGUUGACUCAGUUGUAUUUGACAUCAGCUAAAUAUCAUAUAUCUAAAUAAUUUUAAGCUGUGCUUUUUUAAACAAUAGAUUGCCAACUGCAUACAGAUGUAAUCAUUGUUUCUAAUUCUAAUCCAUAAAUGUUGUCUCACUAUUUUGGAUUUUAGCAUUUGGGAACCAAAUAUGACCUUUCUCUUGUAGCUAUGUCAAAUGGUCCACAAUUAGUGCCUGCUGUUAUCACAUUAUAAGACAUAUGAAAAGUGUUGUUGUUGUUCGUUAUUCACAUGCGAACGUGACCAAUGCUAUUUUCAAUGGUGGAUUCGCAGGUGGCAUGUCAGUUCUAUUUGUGCCUGGAAAGCUUUCCCGCAAAUAUGACACAAGCUUUUGGGUCCCCGUUUGAUUGGAGUUGAUUCUCCGUUUCCUUGCUGUGCACUUUCUUUGGGCGUGAGCUGUGCACUUAAUCUCAGAGGAUCGUGCUCCAACAUGAAGUCUGCCUUGCCAGCUUGUACGAUCCAUAUCACGUGUCUCCCACAAAUGAAGGUCAAUGUCCAUUGAUUUGAAUGAAGCUUUUAGACAGUCCUUGAAGCAAUAUUUCUUCCCACCAGCUUGUUGUUUCCCCUCUGAAGAGUUCAUAGAACAUUAGUGUCAUAGCAAUAUCUAAUGGUCCACAAACAGCCAUGCAACUAUCAUAGCACAUUUCAGCUUGCACUCAGCUGUUUUGGAAAAAUCUUAUUCUGUCUCUUUCCAUUUUCAAAUCACUUUCUUGUCUCACAUGUCACAAAUUUGAUACUCUGCACAUAUUUUUGUCUUUUCCUUGCAUGCGAGUGUUUAUUUUAUUUGAAUAUUCAAAUAUAUCAGGAAGAUCCAGAAAUGGCAAUUUUGUGCACAUAUUUUAAUUUUAAUCAAAUCACAAAAUUCAUUUUCCUAAUCAUUUCCCUCAAUAAAUAUGCACGACAAAGCCCCCCCCCCCCCCCCCCCCCCCCCACCCCGACCUCAUCAGAGCCAAUAAAGUUAUUCACAGACAUAAAAAUAAAAGGUCUGCUUUUAUUAUAACUUACCAUUUUGCACAGGUUUGUCAAUAACUUUUCUCAAAUCAUUUCCAGCUUUUUUAAGUGUUAAAAAAUGUUUGAAUCUUAGUAUGACUCAUUUUUGCAUGACACACCAACACCCUGCAGGUGACACCUUAGACAUUUUUGAAAGCAAGCUUCAGCCAGUUAGACAACUUUAUUUUAGAUAUUUUAGUAAAUAAUUUUGAUUAUUAUUUCUUUGCUUUUAGAAAGACUAAAUCUAGAAAGUCAUCAUUCUCCUAGCUCAUUUGACAGAAAGGAAAGCAUUAGCAGAGUAAGUUUUUACAAUCAUUAGCUGAAUAAGUCUCUACUACUGAUAGCUAUAAAAUGCGUCAUUUGCUUAUUUUGGUAUUGUGUUAUUAGUGUAUUUAAAAUUGUGGUUAGUGACUGAAAGCUUGAGUAUUUACAAGAAUUAGCUUAGGGGCCGUCCAAAAAUUACGGGCCAUCCAUAAACGACAUCUCACAUCUAAGGGGAAGGGAGUUAAAAUAGCAUGAUAGCAUUUAUUGAUGGCCCCUUACCUGUUUUGUAUGGAGAUAAUUAGAGACUUAUUUUAAAAAAAAAUAAAUUCUACUUAUUUUCAAUACAGUACAGUGAUUCUCAAAAAUCAUUUUUCUACACUGAUGGGAGCUUUUAAAAAUAGGAUAAUUACAGAGAGAAAUAAUUUUUGAUAAAGCCCUGGAAGGGCUUGGUGAAGUAAUGCUGGUUUUAUAAAUGUCUCUUUCAAAGUUCUUUAGUAGGACUCUAAAUUUACAAUGCUCAGAAAUCUCGAGUUUAUUUCUUUGACAUGCAACAAAGUUGGAAAACCACGCUGAAUCCUUCCAAGAAUAAACACUUUGUUGGAAAACCAUAAUGUUGUUUCUUUACAGUUUCCCCAAGGAAAGAUAGCAGUAUUUAAUUUCAUUCUGUAGCUAAACUCUUGGUAUAAGUUCUUAAACUUUGGCUUCAGAUUAAAAAAAAAAGUAUUUAAAGUUGAAUGAGCUCUUCCUUCAUCAGGCUAGCUGCCACUGUUUCUGAAAAUAAUUUUAUCACCCAAUCCACUAAAAAAAUUUUCAUGGUGCAAAAACAACCACCUUCCAUAAAUCGAAAAUAAUUGCUUAUUUGAAAAUUUCCCAUAUUUCAAUUGACAGAUGACUAAAACUAAUAUUUAAAAAAAAUAUUUCUUCAUCUGUGCACAUGUAUAAAAAUUUGUUAAAUUGGUCACUGUUAAUUUUAUGUACUAGUACUAGUAUUACAAGUACAUGUAACUGUUCAGUGUCUUUGAAAAACAAAGCAGAUUACCCAUGGAAAAAGCCAGUUUGUUUGUUAAAGUUUGACUCUAUUUUAAAUGGAAAGUGAUUUCUAUCAUCAUAUGAGCUCACAACAAGCAGCUUUAUAAAUACGGUACUGUGAUUGACUUAGAAAUACUUCUGUAUCUAAUUGAGAAACGUUUCUUUCCCCAAGAAUAUGGAAUAAAUGGGGAUCAUACCCACAUGAUGCCCACUGCCUACAAGAUUCCCACUGAAUACUGACUAAAUGAUGCCCACUGACUAGUGAUCAAAUUAAGAGCUCUCGAACUUUUUAAACAAGGGGCCAAAUCAGUGUCCUCAGACGAAUUUGAGGGCUGGAUUUGUGUCAAUAAGACAUUGUUAGAAGCGGAACUAUAAUUUGAAAAAAAUGUGAAUGAAUUCUAUGCACACUGCACAUAGUUCGUUUGUAGUGAAGAAAACAACUUGAAAAAACAAUAACAUUGAAAAUGAUGAAAAAAUAUAUCCUACAUAAAAUUAAUAUUCUUUCAAAUAAGAUAAUCAAUGGUUGGUUCCAUAUUUGUUGCUACUAGCCAAGUACCCAGGUGUUCCAGGUUGAAGACCCCUUGAAUAAAUGAUGUCCACUGGCUCCUGAAUAAAUGAUGCCCACUGACUUUUUAAAAAAAAUGGAUUUCAACGGACUACUAAAAUAAAGUAUGCCCACUGAUUGUUAAACUAAUUGAUGCCCAUUGACUACUGAAAUGAAUGAUGCUCAGUUACUACCAGGAAGAGUAGUUCAGUUGAGAACUCCAUUACAGAAUCAGCCAAUAUUGCCAUUCCAGGAUUUGCCUCAAGGAAGUGCAAGUAAUACAGAAGCUACUCCAUCAUCUCACGAAGAUGGCACCAUGCCAACAAAAGAAAUGCAAUCAAUUGUAAAAAGUCAAUAUAACUUAUUCAUGAAUUUAAAAAGAGAACUUUAUUUUUAUUACAGAAACUUCAAAACUCCUUUCAGCACCAAAGAUUUCCACCAUUGUAUUCACCAGUGUCUAUCAGUGCUGAUCCCAGCUGUCUUGAACUGCAGAAACUAAGGUUAUUUUCAGUGUAUAGUUAUUACUAAUUAUGAAUAGCUAUAUUUUUAUAGAAUAUGGGAGAUCAUUUUCAUAUAAUUUUUAAAAAAAAUUAAAAAAUAUGUUUCCAAUCUGAGCAAAAAACAAUAAAAUAUUUCAAAUAUUCAACAACAAAUUUUACAAUGUAUUUUUAUCAUGACAAGAAAAACUAAGUAUGUUUAUUGUAUGGUAUUUAUCUUUUCUUUUUAAAUACAAAAAUAAAAUAAAGAAAAAUUCUUACAUCAAAUAGCAGUAUCUUAAAAAUGUUGUAUGUUGCUAGAGCAAUAAUGAAAUUUUCUAUCUAAGUCGCAUCUCUUUUCAAGCAACAAUUUGUUUUCAGAUUUUAUUUUACCAUAUUUACUUGUUCUAAAUUUCAAGGAAUAUCCCCACUGACGAAAUAUUAUGAGCGGGUCAAAGGAAAUUUUUAUAAUAUUAUCUAGGUACAUUGAUAAAUUAUUUUUGAAAAGACGAAAAAAGUAAUUAACUGAAGUCACCAUAAAGCUAUUAGCAAAUUGAGUCACAGGUUUUGUACUAAUUUUUGCGACUGCCAUAAUUGACUGUUCUGAGAGAGUGUCUAAGUGCCUACCGGUACUGGUACUUGAAAUAAUGAAAUAUUGGAUUGUCAAAUUUUAUAAGAUCUCAGCAGCAGUUAAAUCUAUUUUUAGACAGGUCUGGACAACUCUCCUUUGAUACUGUUUGGUACAACUUAGUACAAGCACUAUUUUCCAGACUAUAAUAUUGCAAUCUACACAUAUGCAAAUAUAUUAAUUGAUAUUUUUAACAGAAUAUAUACACGCAUGCAAAGACAAAGCUAUGAGAUAUUUCUUUCCAAGCAGCAGUCAUCUAUUUUUGUAAAUGUUCAGCAGGCUAUGCUAACAAUAUAGUUAGACAUGGGUAUUGAAGCCAGAGUACCAGCCUUAUACUUCUGAUUUCAUUAGUUUUUAUGUCUUGUAUUUACCUGUAUAUGUUAAUGUUAUUUUUUUUUAAUUUAUUUUUUUGGGUCUAUAUUUUAAAAAAAAAAGUCUGUUACCAGAUUGCUUUAACUGUACACUAGCAUAUUAUUUUAUGGAGUCAGCUUAUGAACAGGUUAUACUUUUCAGGUUUUCCUGGCCAAAACUAUGGUAUUUGGCUUAUGAAUGAAUGGGCUUUAGAACGAGUCGAUUAUAUAUAAUGUAAAAUCAGUGCAAAAAAGAUCUUAUACUGUCAGUAAAUUUUGGUUUAUAUGACUUACAUUUUGUAAAUUCUACACAGAUUAUUAUAAAUUGUAGUGACCUCAUUUCAAGUAAUUUGUUUCUUUAUACUCCCAUCUGUCCAUAUUUAUAUUUGAUUAAUACAAAUACAAUUACAAUUGACUUUCAUUACGCUUAAAAAAACUUUUUUUUCAGAUUGGCCAUAAACUCUAUAAAUUCCAAGCUUGAUAGUCUUGAGAAGAGAAUAGAAGCACCUUUAGCUCAUUCAUUUUAUCACUCCAGUAAGUUGAGUAAGAAAAUAUCUUUUUAACUUUAAUAUGUCUAUCACAAAAUUUUUAAUAAUCUCUUAUAUAUAUUACACUUCUGGUGUGACUCGUGGACUGCUUCUAUUUGUAGCUGCUUCCUAUUCAGCGUAUUUAGUAUUAAGAAUUACAAGUGUUUGAAAGAAAGUAUGGUUCAAUAAUUAGUAGGCGCGUAAUAUUUUCUUUUCGGAAAAUGAAAUCGUCUCAAUUUAAGUAUGUUGUAAAAAAUAUUUGGUUUAAAAGUGGUUGGGACAUCAGAAUAUUUAAUAUAGUUCAUGGGCGUGAAAUAAAAAGUGUGCAGUGACGUAUCAUGGGGGGAAGGGGUGUAUCAAAAAUUGGGAUCCUUAAACGUGCGUUACUCGAGUUCAUGUUUUAUCUAGUACGGUACCGGUAACUUUAACUGAUAGGAAGUUCAUGCUUUGCUGUCGCCAAUGUUUGGCGGGCUACAUCUAGUUUAUAUUAUAUUUAUAAAAUCAAUUUUAAGAAUUUAACAUUUUGAAAUGUUUAAACUAAAAAUAAAGAUCCUUCUUUUUUUAUAACAUAUAACAGGGACAACAGGCCUCCCAUAUGUAUCAGAACAAAGACAACACCCAACACUAAGCUUGAGUGAUGUCAACGGUGACCAGAGUCUGUCAGAUUUGUCGAGCCUUAGCAGCUUGAGUGAUGAGGAAAGCUCAGAGCUAUUGGAUGAUUUCAGCUAUAGAUCUAGGUUUGAGACUUCAUCAAGGAAGAAAUUUAAAAGAAAUACUCGCUCUAACUCUAAGAGAAUGAUCGAACCAUACUAUAGAACAAAAGGUAUUGCAUUGAACCGGUAGAUUUUCUUCUGUCCCUGGUAACUUGUGAUUAUAAAAAUUUCUCUUUUAGUUAUGGUAAAGCACAAAAUAUUUAUGGAUGCUAGUCUAUAUAAAACAUAACAGGACAGGCAGAAUAGUUUAAAGCCUUUUACAAUAUGUUUCAGCAUUCUGUGUCAAAUGUUUAGUUUUCUGUUUAAUUCAUUUUGAUCUAAUAGUAUAUUUCAUAUUUAGGUUCAAGUAUUAAUUGGUUCUCCUUGACCUCAUUUCAGAGAACGUUGACCUCAGUGAUCUGGAGCUCAGUGAUGGUGAUUCAGACAGAGAGAGUGAAGACCUUGAUUAAUGCAGACAAUAAUUAUAACUUAUACAAGUGAUCUUAAUUCAUAGGAAUUAAUGGCAAUUUGAAUGUUCUCAUUUACCAUGCUGUUCUAGAUAAUGUUAAGAUAAGUACAGGUAUAAAGGCUCCAUGUUACAGUAUAUAUAUUUCAAUAAAUAUUUAUCUUUUUGUAACUUUAUCAUGUAAAAAUUGUGGCUUGACGAAGCCAACUUUUAAAUACCAGUAAACAACACUCUAAGUGUGUCUGUAAUAUUACUGAAUCUAUAACUAUAAUAUUACCGAGUACUCUGAUUGUAAAGUUUAAUCAGUUGUAAAGAAAUACAGUUUAGACAUUAGUACAGUACUAAAUUUCUAAAUAUCUAUUUUUUAGAAACACUACACUGUAACUGUAAGAGUACCAGUACCCUGUAAUGGACAACGUUUAUUUUGAGUGUUAUUGUUUCUUGCACUUGUGUACCUGCACAAUAGAGCUUUUUGUGCCUGGAUCCCAGCUUUUAUUAUUCAGUACCCGGUAAUUGAUAACAUUUUAAUUUGACCAGAGAAGUUUCAAUAAUUUCAGUUUCAGAAUUUUUUUUUUCAAAGACCUGUCAUUAAGGUUAAAAAAUUAUUUUUUUAAAUUAUGGUAUCGACAACUACAACUAAGAAAUACUUGUACGGUAUAUUUAACUUUAAUUCAACUCUUACCUGCAUACUUCCAGAAUUAUAACCAUAGAUCUGCAUGGUCCUAAAGUAAAUGUAUUGUUUGUAUUGCAAAUCAAUUCGUUAGUCAUGUAUUUUUUAGAUAUAUCACAGGUUUAUAUAAAUACAAGUAUGAUACAUAUCAUUGAUAACCUAUUGUUACCAAUUCAUGGAAGUAUGGAAGGAAUUUCUCUCUCUCUAUAUAUAUAUAUAUAUAUAAUAUAUAUGCAAUUUAUAUGGGUAUCAGAAUUUUUCCCAGCCAUCGCCCCUGGGACUACCAUGUUUCAUGGUCACUGCAUUUCUUGAAGCAAACUUGGAUAGCCUUAAAACCGUAGUCCACCAAACACAAUGUUGACACUCAUUUUUCUUUUAUAACAAUAUUACUUAAACUUAAAAUAAUUUGGCCUUCACAUUUUUUGGCUGAAUUUACCCUAAUUUCACCAAAAAUAAUUUCGAUCACCAUACCCACUUUGAACCACUGCUUUAUAUAAAAAGAUAUUUUAAAUUUUAAACUGAAAACAUAGUUUAUUUCUAGACACUACUGGACUAGUAAUAUCAAGGAUAUUUAUAACUGAUCGGCCUUUUCCCCGUUCGCCAUUUUAAAAAAAAAUGUUUAAUGUUAUUUGUGCUGCAUAUUAAUGCACAUGCUGGUACCAUAUAAUAAAAACUAAA